CCUACUUAUGUGUGUAUACGUCACUCUUUUUCAGCGUAUUUCAAGAUGGCGCUGCAGAGGACGGUAGCGAGGUUGGUGCGCAUCGGGACGGAUUUAGGGGUCAGAAAUAAUGCGAGACAUUUUAAAACAGCAGCUGUAUUAUGUCGCCGGACUGCACCACUUGGUCCAAUGCCAAAUGAAGACAUAGACUGGAAGAACCUGGAUGCUCUGGAGAAAUACUGCAGUUACACGCGCUAUCUCAGAAUUGCAGAAGAGGCCAAUAAUGAAGAAGUCUGGUGGAAGACCUACAGGAAACAUGUGGAACAGAAAUCUGACAAAGACUUUAAGCCGGUGGACAUCGGCUUGCCUCAUUGCCGACCCUCCAGGUUAAAGGAAGCUCGGGAAAGAAGAAAGGUGAUGAAGGAAAACAAAAAGAACCCAGAGCUGGAGAGAGACGCUCGUCUACGCACAUUUCGCAUUCCUUUGGACGAAGUGAAGCAGGAAUGGGAGAAAACAAAUGGCCCUUACCACAUACAGAGGCUGGCAGAGCACUAUGGAAUAUACAGAGACCUUUUCCCCAUGGCCUAUUUUGUUCCAAGGGUAAUGCUGAGGGUGGCAUAUGGAGACGACAGCAGUGCCAUGGUGCAUUAUGGCAAUCAUUUAUCACCUACUCAGGCUUCUGCAGCACCUCACAUUAGCUUCGAGGCAGAAGAGAAUUCUCUUUGGACAUUGCUGCUAACAAGCCCCGAUGAACAUUUGCAGGAUGGUGAGCAGGAAUAUGUGCAUUGGCUGGUUGGUAAUAUUCCUGGAAAUGCUGUAUGUUCUGGUAAUGAGAUCUCUCAUUACAUGACUCCAUUUCCUGCCAAGGGAACAGGAUUUCACAGAUACGUCUUUGUCCUGUUCAAGCAAGAUGCUGUUGUUGACUUCAGCAGUGAUGUCAGACCAAAUCCCUGUUACAGUCUGCAGCAGCGAAGUUUUAAGACACUGGACUUCUACAGGAAACAUGAAGAUCUAAUUACUCCUGCUGGACUGGCUUUCUUUCAAAGCCAGUGGGACAACUCUGUCACCAGUACUUUCCACACAUUGUUCAAUAUGAGAGAGCCAGUGUUUGAGUACGACCGACCACCGGUGUAUCAUCCACCCCAGAAAAAAUACCCUCAUGGUCAGCCGCUUCGAUACCUGGACCGCUACAGAGGCGGAAAAGAACACACAUAUGGCAUUUACUAAAAAAACAAUCUGUACAUUUGUUAUUGUAGAAAUUUCUAAUAAAAAUUUAUUUACA